ACAUACAAAAUCUCUGAUAAAUCUAUCCUGUUCGUUGCAUCUUCAUUCUUACUGUAAAAGAAUUAUAUAUAUGUCUUUUGUUGAAAACAAAUACCCUUCAGUUCUGUUGAUAUGGAAGAGAUAAGAUAUUUCAGAUUUACACCAAGCUACUGUCAGCGUAAGACACCGCCAUGAAAGCCGUCCUUCUUCUGUUGUCCAUUUUUGUUUCUUCUGAGGCUUCUGUAAUUUGGAAAGACUGUGUUCCUUCCACCACCGCACAUCCCUAUGUGACGUUUACGUCCGUCACGGUUUCACCUUCCCCUGUGGUGAUCCCUGGGAAUGUUACUAUAGGAGUACAGGGAACAGUUCACCACCACUUUGGCACCGAUGUUAAAAUGGUGGUUCAUAUGGAUAAAUAUCUCCUCGGAGUUUGGACAAAGGUUCCCUGCAGUCAAAAUGUUGGUUCCUGCAACUAUGACAACCCCUGCGAGUUUUUGUCAGCAUUCAAGUCCUCGGGGACCUGUCCAGCCCAGCUUACUGCGCAUGGUCUGCCCUGCACGUGUCCUUUUAAUCCAUCCAACAUCAACCUCCCCCCGUCUGUGUUCGAAGUGACACAAAUCAGUCAGGCAUGGCAGUGGCUCGCUACGGGUAAAUUCCGUGUACAGGCGGAAAUGAUACACGGACAGAAGGUCGUGGGGUGUUUUCACGUAGAGAUGGACAUUAAAAGAAGCGGACACAGCGGUGGAUUCCUCUUUGGAUGAGAUAAUGAAAUGCAUGUCACU